GUGAGUUGAAAUGUUUCAACUUGAGCUUUAUGAAUCUGCCUCAAGUAAAAAGGAGAGUGACUGGAGAGAAAUAACAGGAAUAACCGAGUCUCUGGGGACCAUGGUUAUGUUGAAGAUCUCCGCUUUCCUCGUUGCCUACGCCCUGGUCAUUUGCCAGAUGUACUGCUCACAAGCCGCCCCUGCCAGACCGGGUAUGGAGUCCAUGUCAGACCGAGUCACGCUCACGGAUUACGAGGCGCGAAGGUUACUCAACGCCAUCGUCAAGGAGUUUGUGCAGAUGACGGCAGAGGAGCUGGAACAGCAGGCAACUGAAGGAAACAGCGUUACAGCACAGAAGCGAGCCUGCAACACAGCUACCUGUGUGACUCAUCGCCUGGCAGACUUCCUCAGCCGGUCGGGGGGAAUGGGCAACAGCAACUUCGUCCCCACCAACGUUGGCGCCAAGGCCUUCGGCAGGCGGAGGAGAAGCGUCCAGAUGUGAGCACCCCAAAACCUUCAGGGAAAUGGUUGAAACCCGACAAGAAAGCAUCAUAAAAAAAUAACCUGAGAACAAAAAUCAACAAAAGCAAAAUGAGCAGAAAAUAAACACUGAACUGGCCCUUUAUCCACUCUCACAUUCUUAUGGAAAAAAAAGACACCACAGGACUUCUCGUCCCCAUUUCCAUCCUGUUAGUGAACCUUUUGCUUUUGGCAAAUAAGAGAAAAAAAAAAGAGAGAAAAAAAAGCACUUUAGUUUAUGUACAUGAACAAAUCCUGAAGAAACAAAAACAUCCUAAUGGUUCCUCUUUUUUAUACAUAAGUAUCAAUGGAAAAUAAAAUGAAAGCAGCAAUGGUUAUCACCUGAUUUUUUUUUCCUCCUUUCACCUUGUUAGAGCACAUUUCUUCCAUGAGACCCCAUUUGAGAUCCAUACAUUUUCCAUAAUUCCCCUUCCUCCCAAGGGUACCCUGUUUUUCUGUGUGCCAGAGGGACGCCAUUAAAGAUCAGCCUACCCAAGGCCCCCCCACAACGGCUGUUGUCUUGUGCCUUGAUGUAGAACAAUUUACAUGAACAUGAUUGUACAGUUCUGUUUCGAGACGAUAAAGAAGACACGAGCGAGGAUGAAGAGAAUGACGACAGAUUAAUAUUGUAAACAAUAUUGUGAAAACAAAUUUCAGCAAGAUUAAAAUGUAUUUUAGAUACACUCGGGUUUGGGGUACUUGUGUUGUUCUUCAAAGGUUUUUAAGCAUUUAGGUGUAGAAAAAGGUUGAACGACAGGUCGAUUAUAUUAUGAGAAGCAUAUAUUUGUAUAUUAAUGGCUGGAAUAUUUAUAAACAUUGUCUAUAACUUAUUAAUGAGAAAUCAUAUGGUAUAAGUAGAAUUUCACAAGAAUAGAGUGAUUUGUAAUUCAUUGGUAUGAAAUUUCUCAUUGUAGCACACAUCUUUAAUUUGGUAAAAUAUUGAAAAACCAAAACAAAUCCACAGUCAUACAAUCUACUGUUGCACAGUUUUGGUCACUUUGUACGCAGCGAUGGUCUGCUCAGUUUCAUUAGGAGUAUUUCUGGCUGACACCACAGCAGCAUGGAUAUGUUGAAAUACAUGAUGAUACAAGAAAAUAACUGCAUGGGUAAUUGCUUAAUAAAAGGCAGUCAAAACUGCAGUCAGACUUGUCCUUCUUUAGCUUCAGCGGAAGUAAAUGCACACCACUCAUUUCAAUCAGAAUCAGUAUAUACUUUCAUUUACAUAAAUCAAAACAAAACAUCAGAAGCUAAAUAUUCAUUUUCCAACAUCAUACAAUGAUCAUCAAUGCAGAGACAUCACAAAAUGUCUGAGUUUGACAGGACACAACAUGUUGCUAUCUCUGAUUUCAGAUGCAGCUUACAGCAGCAAGCAGCUUUCACUUACAGUUCAAGGCAAUAUUUACAGUAAUCAAGCUGUCUUUACAUACUGUACUUAAGCCGGCAGACAAACUGAUUUGCUUUUAAUUGUCAAAUAUUCAAUCACAUGCUGGGUGACUGAACAUUUUGGGGUUUUCUUGUUUUUACAGCAGCACUCCAAUAGGU